ACGGGUUCGAAACAUACCGCUGCAUAGCCAGGUGUUGACAGCGGUCCCGCUGGCGUCUGCGAGCCUGGUGGAUCAGCUGGAGGACAGAAUCCUAAGCCAUGAGAAAACAACGGCGGCUCUUGUGGAACACGCUUUCCGCAUUAAGGAGGACAUUGUUUCCACUCUGCACAGAAUGCAGAACAAAGGGGGGGGCGACCGGUUGGCUAGACAACUCUUGGAAGAACAUAUCCGAAACAUCACGGCGAUAGUGAGGCAACUUAAUCGGGACAUUGAGAUGCUGCAGGAACAGAUACGGGUCAGAGACAAUCUCAGCUAUGGAACAAAUUCUACCCUCAAGAGCCUGGAAAUGCGGCAGCUUUCUGGUUUAGGAGAUCUUCGGGGAAGAGUUGCAAG